CCUGGGACUGGGCAGGGGGAGGGCGCAGCAGGAUGAUGACCAGCCUGGCAGCAGGGAGCCCUCGCCCCAUGGGCAGGCCAGUAGCUGACUACUGACCCGCUGCCCCGGGCCAUGGACACCCCUGGCUAUCCCUCAUCGGCACUCACGACCUCAGACCCUGGGAAUGCCUCCUCAGCCUGGCCCCUGGACACCACCCUGGGAAACGGGUCUGCGGGCCUGGGCCCAGCAGGGCUGGCCAUCAGCGGCAUCCUGAUCCCGCUGGUCUACCUGGUAGUAUGUGUGGUGGGCCUGCUGGGCAACUCGCUGGUCAUCUACGUGGUCCUGCGGCACACAGCCAGCCCGUCGGUCACCAGCGUGUACAUCCUCAACCUGGCGCUGGCCGACGAGCUCUUCAUGCUGGGGCUGCCCUUCCUGGCCGCCCAGAAUGCGCUGUCCUACUGGCCCUUCGGCUCUCUCAUGUGUCGCCUGGUGAUGGCUGUGGACGGCAUCAACCAGUUCACCAGCAUCUUCUGCCUCACAGUCAUGAGCGUGGACCGCUACCUGGCCGUGGUGCACCCCACGCGCUCCGCCCGCUGGCGCACGGCCCCAGUGGCGGUCACGCGCAUGGUGGUGGCGGUGGUGGCGCUCUUCGUCCUCUGCUGGAUGCCUUUCUACGUGCUCAACAUCGUCAACGUGGUGUGUCCGCUGCCCGAGGAGCCCGCCUUCUUCGGCCUCUACUUCCUGGUGGUGGCGCUGCCCUAUGCCAACAGCUGCGCCAACCCGAUCCUCUACGGCUUCCUCUCCUACCGCUUCAAGCAGGGCUUCCGCAGGGUCCUGCUGCGGCCAUCCCGCCGUGUGUGCAGCCAGGAGCCCCCCACAGGGCCCCCGGAGAAGACGGAGGAAGAGGAUGAGGAUGAGGAUGGAGAGCGGGGAGCGGAGGACAAGGAGGGGAAGGAGAGGAAGUGGCGGGAGCUGAAUGGUGGCCGGGUCAGCCAGAUCACACAGCCUGGCACCAGCGGGCAGGGGCGGCCGGCCAGUGCUGCCGCGGGCAAGGAGCAGCGGCCCCUCCCGCAGGAGCCCUCUGCUGGGGAUAAGCUGGGCCCCCUCCACAUCAGCUGUCUGUAGGGACCAGGGAAAGAGCUGGCACCCUAGGAAGAAGGGCAGAGGCCAUGUGUGCUCCCAUAUGGGCCGAUCAGAGGCCUGGCCUCCGAUCCUGUAAUUACCAGGGUUGCUGUGUGACCUCAGCAGGUCAGUUGCCCUCUCUGAGCCUUGUUUUCUCCUCUGUGACUCAGGGAUGGGAGUAAUCAGCCUGGAUAGGCUCUGUCAGAUGAAAAGCAUAGGCUGCCAGGUUAGGGGGCUGGCUCUGCCUGGCCUGGGUCCUCUGAAGAUCAGACCAAGGCCUGGACUUCCUGAGCUCAGUCUGGGACACUGGGGCCUGAACUGGAGCCCGAAGAAGAAAGCUGAACCCUGUGGGGAGGAGGAUGUGGAAGGCUCAGUCCCAGCUCAGCUCUGCAUGGCUGCUGUGAGGCUCUGGCUGGUUCGACUCCUCUAGGGCUCUGCCUCUGCGCCCUGCACACUCUGCCCUGUGGGCCCUGCGGUGCCCCGACAGUCCAUGCUCCUGGAUGUGAGGAGGAAAAGAGGCAGAUUUCCCAGGAAGUGAAUUAAGUCUCGCUUCAGGGUCUCUUGCUGCUCGGGCCCUCUCAGGGCCCACAGUCAUUUUGUACUUGUGAUUUUAUAUUCCUCUUCUUAGAGAGGGCCCCAAACCGUGUGAGUGUAGCCCACCAGUAGCCUAGUUGAGCCCCUGUUGAGCUCAGUCACCUGAUCACCAAGGCAGCUAAAGUCCCAGGGCUCGCUAUCUCAGGGGGCUCCCUAGGUGGCUUCCUGAGGGCUCCGGGAGCCUCCUGUCCCUCUCCUGCAACCUGCAUCCUCCCCGCCCUGAGAUCAGGCUGGGAGCCAAAUCUGCGGGCAGACAUGGAAAGGCAGUGCCCGAAGAGCAGCGUGAGGGGACAGAGAAAUAGGAAGAGGAAGCAGGAGGAAGAAGAGGAAAUGGAAGGAGGAAAAGGGAGGGAAGGGAAAAGGAGGAGGGGAGGACAGAUGUCUUCAGUGACCUUGGCGCUGACCCUGGCCCCACUGAGCUGAGCUCAGUUAUUGUAUCCAUGGACCAGGGCUGACUGAUACCCUGCUCAACUUGUUUCUAGAAAAGGAUGUGAGGGGAAGUAAAUGUCCCCAAAGGUACGGGGCCAGCCCUGUUGUGCUGGUACGGCCAGUGUGGCCUUGACAGAGGUCCUGGUAGUGGAUGUUGGAGGGUGAGCCCCUCACCUGGGGAUAUCAGGUCCCUCCGUCCCCGCAUCCUCUACGCUUCCGGGGGUUGCAGUAGGACCAGGGGUGCACUGUCCAAGGCUGGCCUGGACUCCCUGAUGAGAUGACCCCUUAGAGCCAUGUGGAGGUGGCCCUGGGGCAGAUUACUUCUGGCCAAGCACCCCCACUCCACCCCCACCUCUCAGCGGGGAGGGGGUCCUCAGGGAAAGCACAGGAACCAGAAUUUUGGAGACCUGGGUCUUCAACUCACCUCAGGACCCUUGACCAGCUUUGACCUCUCUGGACCUCCGUUUCUCUGUCAUAAAACAGGUGGAUGCCCCAGCCUGCCUGCCUCCUGGGAUUUGGGGACAGAAGCAGUCAUGCUGGGGAGACAGCCAGUCACUGAAAUGGGUGGACUAGGGCAGCUCAGAUGACCUAACCUUGGCCUUCACCUCUCUCCUUCGUCAAGUGGCCUCUCUAGGUCCAGCUCAUAAGGGUGAGGCCAUUUUAGCCCUUUAAAAAUGGAGUAGGGGAGGCUAAGGACCAGGAGGCAGGGCCUGCGGACAGAGCAGGCCCCUCAGAGGGGAAGGAAGAACACAAAACCAAACUCAUGUCGAGGCUGCAGGCCUGAGGCCCAGCCUGGUGGGCAUGGAGCUCCCCUGAAAAGGCCCGGAGGGUCAGAGGGAGAAGGUGCCCCUGGUACUCCAACCACUCCUCCCUUCCCAAUUCCUGGGCAGUGAGCAAUGUGUUGCAAGAGAGCAAGAGGUCGGUCAGGAAAUCCUUUGCCCCUUGUUAGAAAUCCUUCUGCCCUAACUCUUAUCAGUAAAGAUGGUGACACAUGACAACAGUUGUGUCCUGGGCCAAUUCCGUGGCGGGAUGCUGAGUGCUCAGAUAGGUAUGAAUGUGUGGGAGUGUUUGGGCUCUGUGCAUCCUGACCUCUUCUUGUGUGGCUUCCCAAAGAAGGUCCUUCAGAGGACAUGUAAGAUACCCUUGACAGGCCAGGGCCACAUCCUUAUAGAUUCAUCCAAAAGCAGUAGAUAGAUUUUCUUCCCAUUAUUAUUAUUAUUAUUAUUUUUUAAUUUUAUUUUUGUUACCAGGG